UUUGAUUUAAAUAGCUUAAGAAAGUUUCUCCAUAGCUUAAUUUUUCAAAGUUUUCACCGCCUUGUUAUUCUCUCUAAACUCCAAGUAAGAACUUUCCAUAAAAUCCUCUUUCCUUUCCAUUUUACCUUUGGUAUUUUCUCCUUAUAAAUAGGAACGUAGUAGCUUGAAGUUUGUAAAUUCAUUGUUUUUUUUCUGGUGAAAGAAAAAGGGAAGAAAAAAAAGUUGGGUUUACAGGUAUUUUUAAUUUGAUUUCAGAGUUUCUAUCUUUGUUUGUCGUUUCUUGAUCUUAAAAACUUUAAAGUUCAAGUUUUUAGCAAAUUCCCAGCUUUAAUUUGAUCAGAAAUUUCGAGAAACAAAAUGAGUUUCGGCAUCAAGCAAUCAGCUUUAACCAUGGAUGUUUCCAGCUCAGUUGUUCACAAAAGAACUCCUUCCGUUAGAUCUUCGUUUUCACCAUCUUUAAACCUUCAAAACAACACCAACAAAAGAGCCAUUAUUUCAGUGUCAAAGCCUUUGCACAUCUCAUCCAUCGAGAGUUGUUGUUUUCAUAAGGAGAAAACACCGGCGAUCCAUUACAAGGCGUAUGAAGCUGACAAGUCACCGUCGGCGGCGGUGGGGGCCGAAGGUAAAUCGGAAACCGCCCAGAGAGUGAAAAUUGGGAUUUAUUUUGCAACUUGGUGGGCUUUGAAUGUGGUUUUCAAUAUCUACAACAAGAAGGUUUUGAAUGUUUAUCCUUUCCCUUGGUUAACUUCAACUCUGUCCCUUGCCUGUGGUUCUUUGAUGAUGUUGGUUUCUUGGGCCACAAGGAUUGCCGAGCCCCCGAAAAUCGAUAUUGAGUUCUGGAAGGCUAUGUUUCCGGUUGCUGCGGCACAUACCAUUGGACAUGUUGCAGCUACUGUGAGCAUGUCUAAGGUUGCAAUUUCAUUCACUCACAUCAUUAAAAGCAGUGAACCGGCGUUCAGUGUCAUUGUCUCGAGGUUCUUGCUCGGCGAGACCUUCCCUCCGGCGGUUUACCUGUCCCUUCUUCCUAUCAUCGGCGGUUGCGGUCUUGCUGCCUUAACCGAACUCAACUUCAAUAUGACCGGUUUUAUGGGAGCUAUGAUAUCAAACUUGGCGUUCGUCUUCCGUAACAUAUUCUCGAAGAAGGGCAUGAAGGGGAAUGCUGUUAGUGGGAUGAAUUACUACGCCUGUUUGUGUAUGCUGUCGCUUGUAAUUCUCACACCUUUCGCAAUCGCCGUGGAGGGACCGCACAUGUGGGCAGCAGGAUGGAAAGAGGCCGUAUCUCUAAUCGGACCACAGUUCAUCUGGUGGGUGGCUGCCCAGAGUAUUUUCUAUCAUCUAUACAACCAGGUCUCAUACAUGUCCCUCGAUCAGAUCUCUCCCUUGACGUUUAGCAUCGGCAACACCAUGAAACGUAUAUCGGUUAUAGUCUCGUCGAUCAUCAUCUUCCACACGCCUGUCCAGCCGAUCAAUGCUCUCGGAGCAGCCAUUGCUAUCCUAGGAACCUUCUUGUAUUCCCGGGCAAAAGCAUGAGAGAAUACAUGGGUUUAAAGAAUUUCGAUUCAUCGAAUAACAUAAACGAAAGAGAUAGCUCUGAAGAGAUCGUAGUUCACUGUCUUCGGCGAACCAUGAUGGCCGGAUUUCGGUAGAA